AACAACAAUGAACGAAAAUUGAUGUGAAAAAGUUGAAAAAUUAUUAAAAUUUCCUGUUUUUCGUGGAAAUUUUGAAUUAUUUCUCGCAAAAAUCGCAAAAAGUCAAGUCAUAGCUUAAGGAAAUAGUCGCCGUAGUGUCAUAAGAUUAAAAGUACUCGUUAAAAAUUGUUAAAUAAGAAAGACGUAAAAGACAGACUUCAUCAUGAGUUACUCAUCCUUUGAGACGUCCAACGAAGCAGAUUUCCAAAAAUUAGCGCAGACCAUAGGCACGAGCAUCCGAAAAAUCCUUCAAAAUGUAUCCUCGAUGCAGCGGAUGACGAAUCAGCUGGGCACGGCGCAAGAUAAUCCCGAACUGAAACAGCAAUUGCACCAAAUCCGCAUUUACACCCAACAGUUGGUCAAAGACACGGGAAAUCUCCUCAACGACUUGACAAGUUGCAAAGAACGUCAUCUGAAAAUCCAACGAGAUCGAUUAGUUGAUGAAUUUGCUGCCGCCCUUACAGCUUUCCAAACGGUCCAACGUAAAUUUGUCGAUUUGGAGAAGCAUGCGGUGCGUCAAGCAUACGAAAAUAAAAAUAUCGCCAUUAAUAAACCUCCGCCAACGUCAAAGGGCGGCUCGAAUAACAGCGGAAAUGCAUUUGUGGACCCGUUCGAGGAUAGUUUCGUGUCGCAAACGCAAACGCAGAUGCAAGACGACCUGGAAUUGCAACAACUCGAGGAACAGGAACGAUCGAUUCGUGAGUUGGAGGAGAAUAUUGUUAGCGUGAAUGAGAUUUACAAGAAAUUAGGAGCUUUGGUUUAUGAACAAGGUAAUACGGUUGACUCGAUUGAGGCGAGUGUCGAACAAACUUCGGUUUUUGUGCAACAGGGCGCCGAACAACUGAGAAAAGCGGGACAGUAUCGGAACAAAGUUCGUCGAAAGAAAGUGAUGUUCGUAUUAGUGGCAAUCGCUAUUUUAGCAAUUCUGUUUAUGAUUAUCUACAUCAGCAAUUAAAUAUUCACGCAUGCUUGAAUAAUUGAACACGAUAACUUGUUACAAGAAACACUUUUUAAGCAAAGAAGACGAUUAACAUCAUCACUAAACCACUAAAAAGAGAUAAAAAUGAUAUUAUUAUUACCUUAUUAGAGAGCCUUUAGUGCAAAAUGUUGCAAAAAUGGGCAUUAACGAAUGUUUUAUGCGAGAAAAUCGAUAUAAAAAGUCAAAUAGUUUCAGAAAAUGACGAAAAAUUUUAAAUUUUUAACAUUCCAAAGAAGAUUUUAUCAUUAUAACUUUUUUAAUAUAAAAAAAUUGACAAAAUAAUUUUUUUGAAUAUGUUCUAAAUCUUU